UCUGUAUGAUGACAUUAACUCUAUCCGGUCUGUCGCUUGUCGCGCUGCGUCUUCAUAUGGAAAUGUUGCGCGCAAACGAGGCGCGCGUCUCCACGAGCCUCAUGCCUUUGUGGGCACCUACCGGAGCGCGUGAGCUGUGAAUGAAUGUGACCCAAAGAUGAAUCUCUCCUCGGUGAACUCCUCUUCUUGGAAAGCGGAGUCGGUGGUCGUUUCUUUGGGCUUUUCGGUCAUUUUCCUGGUCGGCACGGUGGGGAACUCUCUGGUCCUCGCGGUUCUGUUCCGUAACGGACAGAUGAACACCAAAACCACCAACAUGUUCAUCCUCAACCUCGGGAUCGCGGAUCUGUGUUUCAUCGUUUUCUGUGUGCCCUUCCAGGCCACCAUCUACACCCUGGACCAGUGGGUGUUUGGACCGCUGCUCUGUAAAGUCGUGCACUUCGUCAUUUUUCUCACCAUGUACGCGAGCAUCUUCACCCUGACGGCCGUGUCCCUGGACAGGUGAGCGCGUGCAACACGCUUCAUGAAGUUCACACAAUCUGCACAAAAACAGCAAAACACGUGUUAGUGUGAACACU